AUGAUCGACCAUCUACUCGGUCGUCCGUCGACCAAGCUCAAACGGGUACAGAUCUUCUCGGUCAUCCUCUUCUGGCUCUGGUUUCUCGUCACUGGCAACCGCGAUGGUCCCAGCCCGCUGAUCCGCAAGAUCAACGCAAAGCUCAAACGCUUCUCGCCAUGGCAGAUUGUCGUCUUCAGCUCCGUUGGUAUCUACACCAUUCGACACCUCGACUCGCUCCUCGGCUUCGGUGCACCAGAGCCGCUGGCGAGGAUGUAUUCGCGCAACUUCUACAGGACCACCUGGAUGGUCACUGCCCUCGAUGCUGGAUUCGCCACGGCCAUGAACAUCAAGCCCAAGUGGUUGCGGGACAUCAUGAGCCUCGUGUUCUCCGCUUACUACAUCGUCUAUGCCAACGAGGCCGACGAGAAGCUCAGAAAGUACAGAGCCUUCUGCACCGUCGAGAUGAUGCGUACCACUUGGGAGAAGACCACCAACCCGUACGUGCGCUUCGUGACGUGGUUCCACCGACCAUCGCUUCCCAUCGCGCGGCCGCUUCUCAUCCCGAGACCGCAGGUGGGAGCACAUCAUACUCGCCCGAGCAAAGCAUGGCUCUUCUACGCAAAGAGCGAGCGUCAGCUGCGAAUGGAGGAGGAGUUGGUGCUCGACUUUUGCGGAGGAGGAUACAUCUGCAUGAAUCCGCAACAUCACGAGGAGAGGCUUCGACAGCUCGCAAAGCAGAUGCAGAAGCCCGUGCUUGCUGUCGACUACUGCAAAGCACCCGAAUACCCUUAUCCGUUCGCACUCGAAGAGUGCUUCGACCUGUAUCGCACCCUCAACGAGACAGCUGGCAAGGUGAUUGGCAUGUCAGGCUCGCCCAACUUCCGCAUCAUUCUCACUGGCGACAGUGCUGGCGGCAAUCUGGCUACAGGCGUCGUUCUCAAGAUCAUCCAGUACCCACAGCCGCGCAUACAGCUGGCAUACUCGUCCCUCUCAUCCCGUAGCAGCAUUCAGCCACCUCAGACGCCGCCUCCGCUGCCCAAACCCAUCGGCGUGGUGCUCAGCUAUCCGAGUCUCAACUUUGGCUUCUCGAGCUGGAUGAAGCCCGAGCAUCUACGCCUCUUGCGUCAACAGAGCGAGGUCAAUCUCGACAAUCUGGCGCAGCACCAGUCCAACAUCGCUGCUUCCUCCUCUUCCUCCUCGCUGCGCUCCUCGAGGCGCAGGUCGGCGGCUAACUUGGCAGGCACAAGCAGCGCUUCCGAUCGCAAACGUGCCGAGGCGAUCCGUGCUCGAAGCAAGGAGCGAUCCAAAGACCCUCGCUCGUAUCAGUCUCUCACACGAACCGCCGAGCUUCAUCUCGACGAGCGUGCACGCUACGCAGAGGUCGAGCCUACCUCGGAUGAGAACGAUUUCUCUCCAACACCUGAUUCGUCGUACGACCGCAUCUGGGCUGAAGGGGCUCUAACGCCGUCCUGGGAGAAGGGUGGUCUACCCUGGGGUCAAGUAGCACAACAGGCCAUGCUGGACGAGAUUGCGGAUCGAGAGGAAAAACGAGCCCAGGCUCGGUUCGAGAAGGAGCAGCUGGCGCUUCAGGAAGCAGCAGAGGCAGCGGAUAGCAAAAACAAGGAUCAGAAGCGAGCACCUUUCAACACACGCCUCACAGUCACCUCGAUGGCCGGCUACUUUCAGGACCGGAUCAUCACGCAAGGCAUGCUUCGAGCCAUGGCUAUUCUCUACAUCGGACCGCGCCGUCAGCCGGAUCUGGACCACGACUACUUCCUUUCGCCGGUGCUUGCACCUGCACAUCUCCUCGCAGAAUUCCCGCCGGUCUUGUUCAUCUGCGGUGAAAAGGACCCGCUGUGCGACGACACCGUCAUCAUGGCUGGUCGUAUCCGAGAAGCCAAGCUCGCCAAGCAGGCCGAUCUCGCACGACGUCGAGCGAUGGCAUCUGCGCGAUUUGGUGAGGGCCUACGCACGACGCCCAUUGCUUCGUCGUCAGCGGCUCGAAGCAACCUGCCCAUCGACCCGAUCGAGCAGGAAUCGCCCGAGGACUGGGUCCAGAUGAGGAUCAUCGAAGGAUGGAGUCAUGGAUUCUUGCAGAUGUCGUCGUUGAUGCCCGAAGCCAAGCAAGUGAUCGGCUUCCUGGGGACGUGGAUGUCGCUGGUAUUCGAGGAGUUUAGGGACAAACUGGACGAGGAGAGGGAGAAGGCGGAGGCGCAGGCGAGGCAGAAGCUGGUGGAGGCCCGUGGGCGUGCUAGUCGACAGACGUCGCCGUUGAUGCCGCAGAAUGCCACGUUGGGUGAUGCGCCAACCUCUGUUUCCGCGGGACACGCCAGUGGCAUCCCAGUCGGCAGCAGUGAUACCCACACAGUGACGGAGGACAAGGUGGAUCAGACCGCUGCAGUGGCGCCACAAGCCGUGCAGGAAGACGCAGACGACGAGGGUCAAGACCACGAGGAUGACGAUGACGAAGAGGACGACGGCCCAAUCAUGGUGAUUCCCAAAAAGCAUCGUCCAGGCGCAUCCCACGCGGCGAGCCCUCAAAAGAUGGACGACGCCUCACCCAAACCCGCCACUCGGCCCUUGCCCCACUCGCAGAUCGCCUCCUUGCGCGCAGACGACGCCGACACGCGCGCACAUAGCGAUGGCGAAACCACUCGUCCGCGCGCCAACCGUCUCGCUCCCCCGAGUCGAGCCGAGAGCGAGACGAACCUGCUCGCUGACGCCGCCGCUCGCUCGGGCUUCCCCGGUAGUGGUCCUACCGCACGCCGCGGCAGCAAGAACGGCCCCUCGCGCAUCGACGAAAAGUACCGCAGCAUGUUGGUUGAGGAGGCGAGCCUGCUGUCGAGGCGCAGGGACGAUGUGCUGUUUGGGUUGGAGGGGAAUAGUGCUGUCGUGGGCGGGGAGGACGAUGAUGAUGUGGAGGAGGAUAGGGGGACGAGGGGGAGUGGGACGGUGGACAGGAGUGCGACCGAGGGUGAGUCGAGUGGCGACACAGAGUUGAGGGUGGUCGGUUAG